UGCUUUAGCACGUAAAGCGUAAGUCAUUAUGAAAUAAAUAAAAGAGUUUGCAGAAGUGAUUAGAUAAAACAGUUGCACACGUUGGUAUAGAAAAGUUGAAAACAAGCAAUUUGGAGCAGAAGCAAGAAAAGUAGCUAGCAGUCCGUCUACAUUUCUGCGAAAUAAGACGCACAGAGAAACAUGGGACGCGUUGAUUUGGAUAUGGGCUGGUCACGCUACCGCCGAAAACGAGCGGAAAGGAAAGAAGAAGAGAGAAGACGGAUGAAGAAGCUGAACAAUUACUACAGCAAGAUAGGGAUCGAAAAUGCUCCAACGAGCAUAGUUGGGCAACAAAUAACAGACGUGGACUUUUGGGAUGCUGCGACGAAUGGGGUCUUCAACUUUAAAAUCUGUUUAAACAAUAUUUUCCAAGAUGGCAACACUUCCCAAUCCACCAUUUUUGGGCAACUAACUGUUUCUGAUGAAGUUACAUUCCUCCAUAUCGCAUCCAGAGAUGGACAGGAGGUGGUGGCUAGUUUCGUUGCUGAUGGUUUCUCUGAAUCGCUCAGCUGCAUAGACAACAAAGGUGACUCUGCGUUACAUUUGGCUGCCAGCCCUGGGCACAAUGGUAUGGUUGAGAUCUUGUUACGCAUUCCAAAUGCUGAUAACAAGAAUCACUCCCAUAUAGAUAAACAGCUUCUAGAUGGACAACUUGUUUACGGAGAAUCUUCUUUGCAGGCUGCCUUGAGAAGAAAGAGUGUAGAAAUAUUACAAGCAAUUACUCCGAAAAAACCAGUUCUUGUUCAUGACAGAGACGAGGAUGGACAUGGUCCGCUUGAUUUUGCAUCAUUAACAGGAUUUCUUGAGGGGGUCGACUUCAGACAAGAUGGGUUGAAACCUGAUACUGAUGCAGUCAAUACGGGAAUUGAUUUUCAAAAGAAUACGCACAAUAUUGAUAUAAGACAAUUAGAGUUGUGGGCAGGAAGGAAUAUGAGAUUACAAAGUCUAAAGGAUCAAAUAUCAGCGGAAGACCAUGCUCAAAUGGGUAAUGAUCAACUCAUGAGCCUUGAAGUAUCCACAUAUGCACAGAAAGGCAAUAUCGAUGAGUUCCUUGAUUUCUUAUCUUCUGGCACCCACGUGUCAGUAAUUUACAUCCAGAAGACCCCUCUGCAAAAUACAUUCCUUCAUAUUGCAGCUAGCUUUGGGAAUAAGGAUCUCGUCCAGUUCUUUGUCCAUCAUUUUCCAGGUUUGCACAGCAAGAAAAAUAUUAGAGGUGACACAGCCUUACACGUUGCUGCUGCUGCUGGUCACCUGGCUGUAGUUAAGAUUCUUUUGAAAUUAUAUAUUGAUCAAGUAAAAAAGAACUCUUUUCUGGAUGUUGAUAUAGAAAGCAAUAAUGAGAGACUUGUGGCAAAACUCAAUGAAAGGGUACAGGUAAAUGAUUGUGGCAAUACACCUUUGCAUGAAGCCUUGAUGAAUAAUCAUGGAACGGUGGCAAUGUACCUGAUCACAACAAAAAUAGAAGAUGCAUUUUUUGUAAACAAGCUGGGAGAAUCACCAUUAUACUUGGCUGUUGAAGCUAAUAACAUUGAUUAUGUCAAAAAUAUCCUAAUCGCCAGUUCUUUCCAUGCUCAUCGACAUAAUCUAUAUGAAGAGGUGACUAAAGGAAAAUCUCUAGUCCAUGCGGCAAUAACAUCAAGGAACAUAGCUCUGUUAAAAGAACUCACAAAAAUGAAGACUGAGGUAUUAUCCAUCACAGAUGAGAACGAGCAGACUCCACUUCAUUGUGCAGCUUCAACUAACUUUGCUGAGGGAGUUGAUUUUAUACUUGAGAAAUAUAAAAUGGACAUUUUUGAAAAGGAUUCUGAUGGAUUUCUUCCUAUACACUAUGCCUCCAAGUAUGGUCACAUUGGCAUACUUAUCAAGUUGCUUCAAUAUAAGCUAGAUGCAAGAGAGUUUGUAAAUCAAGAUGGUCAAAAUAUCCUUCAUGUUGCAGCUAUGUACGGGAAACACGAUGUUGUCAGAUACAUUUUGAAAACUCCAGGGUUGGAGCUUCUAUAUAAUGAAAUUGAUAAAGACGGUAAUACACCUCUGCAUCUGGCUGCAAAAAAAUGGCAUCCAAAUGUUGUAAGUUGCCUGACAUGGGAUAAAAGAGUUCAUCUAAAGCUCUUGAACAAUGAAGGUUUAACAGCUAUGGAUACUUUUGAAGAGAACAUGAAGGGAACAGUAUCUUAUAGACAGCGAUUAACUUAUAUAACACUAAAGUCUGCUGGAGUUGGAAGAGCAGAGCUACAAAAGAAGCUAAAACUAAAAAGACAGGAGUCUGCAGUAACUGAGCCAUAUAACAUGGAGGACUGGAAGGACAGAGUAAAUACUCUCAUGCUAGUGUCAAUCCUUAUAGCCACAGUGACUUUUGCAGCUGGCUUCACAAUGCCAGGUGGUUACAAGGAUUCAGAACCAGACCAUGGUAUGGCCACUUUACUAAAUAAGCUAGCUUUUCAGGCAUUUGUGAUUUGUGACGCCAUUGGAAUGUAUAGCGCUAUAUUGGUGACUGUUACCCUGAUUUGGGCACAAUUAGGUGACCCUACAUUGACGAUCAAUCCUCUUGGACUGGCUCUUCCAUUGUUAGGCAUAUCACUCACCAUGAUGUCUUUAGCUUUUAUGACUGCAGUGUAUGUUGUGAUUAGCAGACUUGUGUGGCUUUCUUAUGUUGUCUUAAUCCUGGGGCUGUUUUUCCUAACAUGUCUUCUGGUAUUCUUUACCCCAUUCACUCUCCCUCAUACCUCUGAAAAUCUCAUUGCACGUUACCUAUCUCAUUAUUCAAUCUCUUUGCUCAUGUUGGUUUCUGGGAGUUACUUUGAUCCUGAAGUAGAAGACAAUCAGCUUUGAAUAUCCCAUAUUUGAUGUAAUCACAUUUAUGAAUGGCAUAUUAUUAUA